AUGACGCAAGAUCGAAGACUUAAUUGUGCCGAUAUAUGUCAAUUAGUAUGCUGCAUAAUCUGCCUGCCAGUACUUGUCCCCCUAUAUUAUGUCUACAUAUCCAGCCCAGCCCAGAAGUACCGAUGGGCCAGGAGGUUCAAAGAAUACCACAAGACAGACGUCCCUCCCCUGUCGUCCCACCGAAAGCGGACUCUCUCGAUAGGUAAUACAUUCGAUGCCUUCACACAGCAGCAACUAAGAACGAGAGCUGAAAACGAAACGGAACAUGACCAAGUGACCCAUGACCAGGCUCAAUCACCAUUAUUCCAGAUUCCACCUGAGAUAAGGCUUAUUAUCUAUGGCUAUGUCAUAGGCAGCCGGAAGAUCCAUAUAGUGCAUACAACCUGUCGUAAACUGGCUUCAUUCCCAUGUACUGAUUAUGCAGAGGCCGUUGAUGGCGAGAAGAAGGUGAAGAAGAAGAACAGGCUCUGUAACUGUGUAGCCGAGAAUGCUGUUCACGCGAAUAAACAUAUAGGCUGCACCGUAGCUGAAGAUAUUUUGGCCCCCGUAACCUGCGACCACCCAGGUAUAGGGAUACUUCCCUUACUUCAAUCAUGUCGAGAAAUUUAUACCGAGGCAAUAGGCAUGCUAUAUGCAGACCAGACGUUUAGUUUUGAGCAGCCUUAUGCGUUUCUUGCCUUUGCGCACUCAAUAUUAACCCAGCGCCUCAAGAUCGUUUCGAGCAUCGAGAUAACACCCUGGGAUUGGAGUGUCUUCUAUGAUGAUGGCCGCUCACAAUAUUACCGGAAAGCCCAACGAUUUGGUCCACAGACCCUAAGCGAUAAAGAAGCUCUCCCAAAUACAUGGGAGGUUGCCUGCCAUGCUAUUGCCAACGAAAUGGAAGGCCUAAAGGACUUUCGGCUUAGAGUAUACAGCCAAAAAAUUCGCUGUCGCAAACGAAUAUCAUAUUCUAGACCGCACUCUAAUACGCAGGCUACGACAUAUGUUAUUUGCCGUCCCUUGUAUCAGAUCAAGACGCUGAAAAAUUUUGAAGUUGAGCUGUGUUGGCCUGUGGCUUGGGAAAUGCCUGAAAAUGCCCCGUUCAAACUAAAGUCUCCCUGUUGGGGACGUGCCUAUGUCGAUUAUUAG